CAGCCACCACUUGCAACCACAACCAAGCAGCUGAUCAGCUAGGAGUAGCAGCAAACCAAAGCCUCUCCCUUUUGCUCCAUCUCCUCGCCAUAGUUAAGCUCCUAUUGCAACAACACACCUGCACCAGCUGUGUGAGCAUACAUCGACCGCCAUGCCGCCUCAGCUGGAGCACGAUGAGCAACAGACAGCAGGAGGUAGUGGCCACCGAGCAACGCCUCCUCCUCCUCCUCCUCCUCCUCCUCCUCCUAGCAUGCUCACCUUUAGUAGUACCACCUCUUCUACUUCUGCUACUACCACUUGCACCACCACUAACCCGUCCGGCGCCGUCCAUCCCACCACCUCUAGCCCUCCGUCGUCGGUCGCUGUCCGCCUCCGCCCUGCCGCCAACUCCUUCCCACUCGUUCUCAAGUUUGAGGAGGUGGUGUACAAGGUGAAGCUCGGGCAGCCGACGGCCGGAUGGUGCAACAAGCUGUCGUCAGCAGCAUGCGUGGCGGUCGGAGGAGGCGGGGAGGGGAGGAAGAAGAAGCCGGCGGGGCUGGGGGCGGCGCGGGAGAAGACGAUCAUCAGCGGGAUGUCCGGGGUGGUGCGGCCAGGAGAGAUGCUGGCGAUGCUGGGCCCGUCCGGGAGCGGCAAGACGACGCUGCUGACAGCGCUGGGCGGGCGGCACGUCGGCCGGGCGCUGCUUUCCGGGAAGAUCACGUACAACGGGCAGCCCUUCUCGAGCGCCGUGAAGCGGCGCACCGGGUUCGUGACGCAGCACGACGUGCUGUACCCGCACCUGACCGUGUCCGAGACGCUGUGGUACACGGCGCUGCUGCGGCUGCCGCGCGCUCUCGGCGCCGGAGAGAAGCGGGCGCAGGCGGACGCCGUGAUGCGGGAGCUGGGGCUUGCCAAGGUUGCGCACAGCAUGGUCGGCGGCGUCCGCGGCGUGCGCGGGCUGUCCGGCGGCGAGCGCAAGCGCGUCAGCAUCGGGCUCGAGAUGCUCGUCGACCCCAGCCUGCUGCUCCUCGACGAGCCCACCUCCGGGCUCGACUCCACCAUCGCCGCCAGGAUUGUCGGCACGCUCCGGCGGAUGGCGGCGGACGGCGGGCGCACCGUGGUGGUCACCAUCCACCAGCCGUCGUCGCGGCUGUACCACAUGUUCGACAAGGUGCUGCUGCUGUCCGCCGACGGGUGCCCCAUCUACUAUGGCCGCGCCGCCGACGCGCUCUCCUACUUCGCCUCCGUCGGCUUCGCCUCGCCGCUCUCCCUCAACCCGGCCGACCUCAUGCUCGACCUCGCCAACGGUAUCGCGCCGCAGACGGCGAGUGGCGACGGCGGCGAGGCGAGGAUGGCGGCGGUGACGGGCGGCAACGAGAGCGAGCACAAGGAGGUGAGGGAGAAGCUGGCGGCAGCGUACGAGCGCCGCAUUGCGCCGGCGGUGAAGCUGGACAUCUGCGCCCGUGAGACGACUACGGUGGCGUCGGCGCGGCGCGGCGCGGCCUCUGCGGAGUGGAUGACCGGGUGGUGGACGCAGUUCAUGGUGCUGCUCCGGCGCGGGCUCAAGGAGCGCCGGCACGAGUCCUUCAACAAGCUUCGCAUCUUCCAGGUGCUGAGCGUGGCGAGCCUGGCGGGGCUGCUGUGGUGGCGCACGCCGGCGUCGCACCUGCAGGACCGGACGGCUCUCAUCUUCUUCUUCUCCGUCUUCUGGGGCUUCUUCCCGCUCUACAACGCCGUGUUCACCUUCCCGCUGGAGCGGCCCAUGCUUCUCAAGGAGCGCGCGUCGGGGAUGUACCGCCUCUCGUCCUACUUCGCCGCGCGCUCCGCCACGGACCUGCCCAUGGAGCUCGGUCUACCCACCGCGUUUGUAGCCAUCCUCUACUGGAUGGGCGGCCUCGAGCCGCACCCGGCGCCCUUCCUCCUAUCCCUAGCCGUCGUGCUCUACAGCGUGCUCGUGGCCCAGAGCCUCGGGCUCGCCAUCGGCGCCGUGCUCAUGGACGUCAAGCAGGGCACCACGCUGGCGUCCGUCAUCACCAUGGUUUUCCUCAUCGCCGGAGGCUACUACGUGCAGCACAUCCCGCCGUUCGUGGCUUGGCUCAGGUGGCUCAACUACAGCUUCUACUGCUACCGCCUCCUACUCGGGAUACAGUUCCCCAAUGGCGGCGGAUACUACGAGUGCGACGGCGCCGGCGGCCGACAUGGGCUGUGCCCGGUCGCCGAGUUCCCGUCGGUCAAGGCUGUCGGGCUCAACAACCACUGGGUCGACGUCUGCGUCAUGGCGCUGCUGCUCGUCGGGUACCGCGUCGUCGCCUACAUUGCCUUGGACCGCCUCAAGCCGAGGUGAAGCCAUCCAUGGAGUAGUAGAACCCAUCGGCCAUGGCGCCCAUGCAUGAAUCCAUCCAUGGAGUAGUAGAACCCGAUUGAUUAGCUCGGGGCCAGGAGGGACUAAUUAACAGCACGAGUAAAUUAACUAGUUUCUUGUUUAAUUUUGCCGUUUCUUGGAGGCAUGGAUGGAUGGUGAGAGUUGAUUAGUAGAGUGAUCAAGAUGGCGAAGAGAGGAUUAAUGGUGGUGACUAGUGUACGUUUGUGACUUGGCGCGAAAUAAUUACUAGUAUUUAUCUGUGGCGAGGAGAAGGAAGCACUUGUGAGUUGAGGCUCUGUAUAAUACAAGGUGGAAUAUAAUACAAA